UUCCUAGUAUACAUUGCAUGAGUUUGAACGAAGAAAUUCGACUUGAAAGACUUUCCAUCGUACUAAAAGACAAACGCAAAACAAUUUGUUCAGGUCGAACAGCAAGAUGUGAGUUUAUUUUAACGUGAAGAAAACAUAUGGCUUCAGGUUACGACACAGCUCGUUUAAAAUCAUUCUUUGACGAAGGCUUUGUCUGCGCGAUAUGUCUUGGUGUUUUAAAAGAUCCGAUGCAAUGUGAAAACAACGAACAUUAUUUUUGUUCGGGAUGCAUCAAGGAACAUCUAGAGAAGACCUCGCACACUUGUCCAGUCUGUCAAGAUAAACUGACCGUAGAGACGCUGAGAAAAGCACCCAGAAUUGUCGAAGAUUGUGUGUCUCGUUAUAAGAUUGCUUGCGACCACGAAGGAAGAGGCUGUGCUGCAGUUCUCGAGAUCGGAGCUCUACAAGCACACAUCCGGGACUGUGGCUUCACGCCUGUCUCUUGUUCAAACGAUGGCUGUGAUGAUGUCGUUAACAAACAAGAUGUGAAACAACACGAGACCGAGUUAUGUCGUUACAAGACGACAACCUGUGUUGACUGUGGAGAAAGAAUGACGUAUCACAAGUAUGGCGCACACGGCUGUGUAUUACGACGAGAUGUCGAUGAAAUGAAGAAAGAUCUGGCGGAUGUUAAAAUCACGCAAAAUGAAAUGAUGAAUGAGAUGAGAGAAAGCAUGAAACGAAUGACGACCGCGAUUGAAAAGCUUGAAAAGUCGUGUCAGAAUGUAAACAGCGCGAUCGAAUUCUUGAUUCCUGAUAUUGUUGUCAUCGCUGGUAAAGAAUCCAAAACACAGAAGCUCCUUUCUUCCGUCGAACGAUUCAAUCUGUUUAACCAAACCUGGACACCACUACCCGAGUUGAAAAUAGCCAGAUGGCGUAAUGCAACUGUUGUAUUUGAGAACCAACUCCUUGUUUGUGGUGGUUUUACCGCUGAAGCUGCCAAUGAAGCCACAGAUAGUAUAGAAGUUCUGCAUUUGAGUCGUCAUCCUUCAGAAUGGAAGACGUUUUCUGUCAAUCUUCCCAUCAAAGUUGGUAAUCACAAGUGCGUGGUUCACGGGAAUCAUUUGUUGAUCAUUGGUGGUUUUGACGGACGCGUGAUUUUCGAUACGAUCUACGAGUUGCUUCUUGUUCCUCCUUAUUCAUCCAAGCUGCUUUGUCACAUGAGGAAGAAACGGUGUGCCCAUGGGGUAGAAAUAUUCUAUGAUAAAGUUCUCAUCGCUGGUGGAAUUAGAGCGAAAACUGACGUGGAAAUAUUCGACAUAAAAAGAAAUCAAUGCGUUGAAAUGCCACCAUUACCAUCUCCUGUUUACCACAUAUCGACAGUUCGUCGUGAUGAGACCAUGUUGUUGAUUGGAGGAAGAGGUAAGAACAACAAACACAGCAAUGAGAUUAUCGAGUAUGAUUCAAAAACUGGCCAGAGCAAGGUUCUGUUGGUCAUGGAGAAAGAGCGAACUGCUUGUUCGGCUGCCUUACAUGAAAACACGCUUGUUGUGAUUGGUGGUGCUGUUGACGAUGCAAAUGCAGUGGAUUGUUUCAACUUUUUAUCAAAUUCUUGGAGGAAAUUACCCCAUCUCGCUCGGGGGAGACACAGUGCUUCAGCAGUUGUUGUGAAUAAAAAUUUUGGAUUUUGAGAACUGCAAACUAGUUAUAUUAGAAAAAGCUAAUAGUAAAAUAGUUACU